CCAUCAGGCUUUUGGUGGGAAAAUGAGUUCGCCUCCGUGCACAUUUGUCUUAAAAUUUAGAGUAUAAUAUGUAUUUUCUGAGGUUUACCGUGACGCCAAAGUAAGCGGCUAUAUGUCAAGUACAUAACAGAUUGAAAGAUUACUUCACAACAGCACUUUGGGUGUGUUAAAACCAACAAGCUAAUCGGGAAAAGUUCACUCUGCCUAUUGUUUGCUAGCGUGCUAACACGUUAGCCAACGGUCUGUAGUUGAAUAGAAACAAACGGUUUUGUUACUUUUCGGGGCUAAGUUGCUCCCACUGAACGGAAGCUGUGUGCGUGUGUGUUUUAUGUUUUAUGUUUUGUUAACCGGCCACGAUAACGCUUAGGGGCGAGGCAAGCGCCCGGUUGGUUUAUUCACCUCCACACUUGCUAAUUAUUCAGUGUUGAACCUGUGAGGAAUCAACAACAACAUGCCUGAGAUCAAGAUCAAGCACGUCGUGUCUUGCAGUACCGAGGACAAUACUCACAAGGCAGACAACCUGCUGAGCUCUGAUACCUACAGAAAGUGGAAAGCGGCAAGACCCGGGGAGAAGCAGACAUCAGUUAUCCUGCAGCUGGAGAAGGAGGAGCAGGUGCACAGCAUCGACAUCGGAAACGAAGGCUCAGCUUUCAUCGAGGUGUUAGUUGGGAAUUCCUCAGCUGUCAGAGACCAGGACUAUGAGGUUCUUCUGGUUAUGUCUUCCUUCAUGUCCCCAACGGAGAGCCGCAAUGGCACCAACAUGAACCGUGUGCGUUUCUUUGGGCCCAACCAGUUGCAGAAGAGCACAGCACAGGAGAAGUGGGACAGAGUGAAAAUUGUGUGUAGCCAGCCAUACAGCAAGAACAUAGCAUACGGACUGGCCUUUGUUAAGUUCCAUUCACCACCUGACAAAGAUGAUCCUCCUUCCACAGCUUCUCCAAAACUGACAAAGCUGGGACAGUUCAAGAUGAAGGAUGAGUCUCCUUCAUCUGGGCCCAGCCUUCAACCUGGCAGUCUCUUCUUCAGUCGGGACAGUGCAACAAAAUCCAGUCCUUCACUCAAAGUGUCUCCCCAGAGUGAGAAGUUGAGUUAUGCUGCCGCUGCCCUGCAGGCUGGUGGCACCACCCACUCGCCAGGCCAAGCUUCCUCCUCCACCUCUGCCUCACCACAGCCACCAGCAAAAAGAAAAUUUGAGUUCAGCAAAGAGCGGCAGUCUGUCCCUGGCCCCCCUCCUUCGAAGAAAAUAAGCCCCGCGGGCUCACCUGAGGGCAAAGCUGCGACCCCCAAACACAAGCCGAGCCCAGCCAGCACGCCCAGCCCCAGCGCUGCGAAAGCUUCCCUGGCUCAGAAGUCUGCUGACAAGAAGAGGGAGAGUCAAUCCAAAUCCGGACCUAAACCCAAACAACAGAAGGCAAAAUCCGAGGGAGCGCAGCAGGUCCCGUUCAACCGGAUCAUGGAGGGGGUGGUGUUUGUCCUCAGUGGCUUCCAAAAUCCAUUCAGAGGGGAGCUGAGGGAAAAGGCUCUGGAUAUGGGAGCCAAGUACCGGCCUGACUGGACACCCGACUCCACACACCUUAUCUGUGCCUUCGCUAACACCCCCAAGUACAGCCAGGUGAAAUCAGCAGGGGGCAUCAUCGUACGGAAGGAAUGGGUGAUGGACUGCCAUAAGCGGAAACAGAAGAUCUCCUAUAAACAGUAUUUGAUGGAUGGAGCGGAGUCGAGCUCAGAGAGCGAAAUGGAAGUGGAUGACCAGAGUGAAGAGGAAAUGAACACAAAGACUCCACAGAAGCAGGAGAGACAAAUCACUCCCAAAAAGACGCUAGAGAAGAGGAAGGAAGAUGACGAUGAAUACGCUGGCUCCACUGAUGUGGAUGAACCAGGAGGUGAUGAUGAAUCUGCCGUGGACACAGAGGACGAGCUGCAGAGAGUGGAGAAUGAGAACAGACAGAAGAAAGCAGCAGCAGAAGUGAAGAUGGUGAAAGAGGAGGAUCCGUACGGGGGGUCAACAGAUGAAAACACAGACGCUGAGGCUGAAGAGGAUCAUCCCAUCCCGGAACUACCAGACUUCCUGAGCGGAAAGCACUUUUUCCUCUACGGCAAAUUUCCUAACAACGAGAGACGCCUAAUGUUGCGAUACAUUAUUGCCUUUAAUGGAGUGAUCGAGGACUACAUGACAGAGAAAGUGCAGUUUGUGGUGACCAGUGAGGGCUGGCAUGACUCAUUUGAAGACGCACUGAUGGAGAACGGCAAUCUGAACUUUGUCAAACCCGCAUGGAUUUACGCAAUCAAUGAACGACAAAAGAUGCUGCCCUAUCAACCCUACUCUGUCGUCCCCUGAACAAUACAUUGUAUGUACACACAAAAGUGUGUCCAGACACACUGAGACGUCACAUCCUGAUGAAGCAGCCAUGGGGAAAGCCAUAAAAAAAAAAUGUUUCUUUUUCAGAUUCACCACUUUUCUUAGAAGAAGCAAUAAACCAAUUCUAGUUCAUUAAUGACUUUAUACUUGCAAUUCAUGAAAUAUCUUCAGUCCUUGUCCAGUUUACAUAAAAGCAAAGUUUUCACCACGGAUGUUCUCACCUUUUGGUCAAGCUAGGAAAAAUGUGAAAAAUAUUUAAAUGGUGUCUGUUGAAAUUAAUGCUAGAAUGAGGUUUAGAUUUAUUAUAAGUAUUUUAUUUGAAGCUUGUUAGCCCUAGCUUGGCCACAAAGUAACAUCAUCAGUGUGCUUCUCAGUCUCUUGGGCUUUAUGCACGAAGAACACUCUCUGAUUCAGGACUUGUUUGAAUUUCUUGGUUCCUGUGCUGCAGUUUGCUGCUGCUUACCUCAGCUACCUCAGGCUCUGUCUGGAAAUGAGUUAUCAUCCUGUCCUGACGUCCAGCAGCGCUGAUAAGACGCUGACUUGUGUAAGCGGGUAGACUGUUAUGAGACCAGCCCAAAGUCAGGUGAAAGUUGCCUGUUAUUGAAGCCUUGCAGCCACCAAACGCAAAAAUCAAGGCAACUGAAAACUGAAAAUGAAAUUUAAGACUGGGGUGACUGGUGUUUGUUAUUUUCCUUUUUUAUUUUAUUAAAUGCCAUAAGUGGUAAAGUGAUAGGUUUCUGUGUGUUGUUUAAGUUUGAUAAAUAUCUGAAUUUGUGAUUUGGUUUUAUUGACGUUAAGUAUUACAAGAGAUGUACUCGACAGAUGUGAGGAUGUAAAAGACGUCGGCGUUCUGCGCCUGAGGUCACAUGGAAAUGUCGGGUCUACCAUCUGCUUUGGUUUGUUCUGUUGUCCAGAUUGGUUUAUUUGAGUCACUAUCUUAAACUUCUUUUUCUUAUAGUACUUAAUUAUUUUGUCUAAAUAAAUAAAAAUAAAAAAAAGAAGAUUUUUAAUUAAA